AUGGAGGACGAUAUUUUGUUCAAGAAAGAGUUACGCAAAGCAGUUGAUUCUAAAUGUAGUGACUCUCUUCUGUCUUUGAGUAACAAGACAUCGCACAAGACUGCUAUCUUGAAUUUCUGUGAAAAUGGUAAAAAAUUAAUUCAUUAUGCCGCAGAGUUUGGAUCUGUUGAUCUUUUAAAAGUGUUAGUAGGUUUAGGUGCUUAUGUACAGGAUACAACAAGUACUGACAAAAACGCCCUACACAUAGCAUGUGAAGAAGGUAAUGAAGACUUUGUUGAUUAUUUACUAAAAACUGUUAGUGAUAGUUCAUUCAAAACAGCACUCACAACAAGCUGGGACACAAAAAAUUUGAAAGAUGUAUUUUACUAUGCGGCUUUAUCCGGAAAAAUCAAUAUUGUUCGAUGUUUGAAGAAUGAUCGGAAUUUAGAUAUAGACGAGGUAUUUCCUAAUAAGAGUACAGCAUUAUAUACACUUGUUAAGGAAAAUCAGUAUGACACAGCAAAUCUAUCGUGUCAAUGUGGAGCAGACGUAAACAUUGGAUUUCAAGGACAACAUUUCCGACCCAUUCAUUUUUUAGCUCAGAGAGAAGAUGGCGCAAAUAUGUUAAAACUUUUGCUGAAAUAUGGAGCUAAUGUGAAUGAAAACUGGGGAAACCCACCGUAUGGUCAUCAGCCUCUUUUUAUUGCUCUUAAACAUAAAUGUAGUGAAAACGCAAAAAUAUUAAUAGAAAAGGGAUCUAAUGUAUCAUUUAAAGGGCGAGUAACAAAGCUUGGUUGGAUAAAUUGUUUUUGCUUGGCCGCUAUGAACUGUCCGUCAUUAAUACAAGAUUUUCUUAAACAUGGCGCCGACCCAAAUGAAGAGUAUGGAGGCAAAUCUGUUCUGAUGAUAGCUUUCAGUGAACAUGUUACACGAGAAGGCAUUAUUGCUUUGAUAAAGGCUGGGGCCAGUAAAGGAAUGGACGGUAUGACUGCAAUACAGUGCUGCAAAUCAUUCAGUCAGCUGGAGUUAUUCAUAGAUGCUGGUAUUACUGUUGAAGAAAUUGAGACAAGGCAUGGGGUAUCAUCUUUAUUAUCAACCUUCAAUAAUGAUGUUAAAAGAAUGCGAAAUCAAUUUCCGCAACUAUCAAUUUCGAUAGCUAUUUCAAAGUUACUUCUAGUUGGAGCAAACCCUAACCUGGCUGGAGAGGGGGAAGAAUCGGCUUUGAUUUUAGCCAUAAAGAACGGGUUGUUUGAAGCUGCUGACGAAUUGAUUCAAGCAGGUGCAAACGUUAACCAUAUUGGAGUGGACGGAAACAAUGCAGCGUAUGCUUGUUGCAAAUCAGGACCGAUGGCUAAUAAAAGUACUACAAUGAAAGCUCUGAUUGACAAAGGAUUGUUUCUCAAUAACCAACAAACAUGUGGAAACUAUCUUUUCGAUCUUAUAGUUGAAACAUGGUUUGAUGAUUCGGUGCUGUUAUCAAUGAUUGAAAAAGGCGCAGAUCCAAAUCUAGUGAAAUAUAGAAAUAAUUCGGUGCUAAUGAAAUGCGUCCAACAAAAAAGAUUCAAAGUCUGUUGUGCACUAAUAGAAGGAGGGGCAGAUGUUUCAUACAUGAAUGAAAACGGAGAGACAGCUUUUGACAUUUUUGCAGAACCAUCAAGUGCUAAACACAUGAGGCUUUCAGACUGUUCCGAAAGUUGCUUUUUACAACCAAGGUAUGUUCUUCAAAGUAGUUCAGUAUCCAAAUGCAGAAAAACCACAUUAACAAGAAUUGUAACUGACAUGCCUGAAUUGUCCAUGGAGAGACGGGAAUACUAUGUGAGCUUAUUACUAGAUUUUGGAGCUGAUCCUAAUAUGGAAGAAUCAGGAAGCGAUUCUACAUUGAUGCAUGCCGUCAGACUAGAAUCACCUGGAUUAGUUAGAACUCUUGUUGAAGCAGGUGCUGACGUCAAUCAUACUGGAUGCAACAUACACGAAAAGAAAAUCUACGCCGAUGAGCAAUCGAUCCUAUUAUUAUUAUUAAAUAAAAAAGCAUGCACGAAUGCAAAAUCACAUCAUGGGGAUUUACCCAUUCAUCUUGCAUUACAAAUGGAAUCUGUUGACAACGAAAGGCAUCAGCAAGAUAUACUAUUACUGGUCACUCACAGUACGGAAAUGAACUUUCCAGACAGGAACGGAAACACACCAAUCAUUUUGGCAUCAUCUUUUUGUUCCGUUGCAAUAAUUAAGAAAUUGAUUGAAAUGGGAGCUGAUGUUAAUUACAAGGGACAUCGAGGAAAUGCAGCGCUUCAUAAAAACAUGGAAAGGUUUGAUAGAGAAAUGGUUUCCAUCUUACUAAAAUAUGGUGCUAACUUGAACAUUCAAAACAAUUCAGGCGAAACACCACUGAUUCGAUAUCUCAAAAGAAGACAUGUUGAAUUUGAAGAGAUUAAAUUUCUGGUAGAUUGUGGCUCAGAUCUUAAUAGUAACCGAGAAGGAUGUAACUGUCGAUUUGAUGUGUCAAUUGAAAUUAAACUUAAAAGAAUUGCUACUCAGCUUGUGCAACAAUCAGUUCAAAAAGACACUACGGUAAACAAAAGAAAAAGAAAACAUGAAGUUCAAAAUGAAAAAUCUCAUAUUAAAAUGAGAAGAAUGGGAAUAAAUCGAAUGUUUGAUCAUCCAUUAAGACAUACAGCUAGAAUAAUCCUUAAAGAGGCCAGCAGAAAAGAUGACGAUGAACACCAAAUCAAAGUUGUAGAAACAGUAAUGUGUCUUCUGAAUGCUGGAGUAGACGUUAACAUUAUUUCAGAAAAUGGAAAAUCCCCUUUGUACAUACUUUUGUCAAGACACUCACAUGAAACUGUUCAAGAACUUUUACCACUCUUUAUCGAAAAGGGAGCUGAUCCAAAUCAAGGUCAUUAUCCACCAUUGGAAAUUGCUACCUGCUUACGACGUAUAUCCGUAGUUAAAUCCUUGCUAAACCAUGGUGCUAAAGUUGAUAUCAAGAAUAGAAGAAAUGAAACUCCACUCAUAAGUGGUUCGCGCAUGGUUUUUCUAGAAAAGAAAGAAAAACUCCUAGAAACAAUCGAAACACUUUUACGUGAAGGCGCAUCAGUUAACGUAAAAGAUGAACAAGGAAGUUCACCAUUGAUUAUGUCCAUCACUCACGGUUGCUUUGAAGCAAAUGAAAGAUGUGACUCAGAUGUAAACAAAUUAGUAUCGUUGUUACUGAAAUAUGGAACAGACCCCAACGCACAGGAUAUUGGGAAAGACUCAGCUUUGAUUUUAGCAGUUGAAAAUAUGUUGCCAUCAGUAGUUAGAACGCUCUUGAAAUAUGGUGCAAAUGUUGAUCAUAUAGGAGAACAUCGUCAAUCAUUAUUACAAAGAUGUUUACAAACUAAAAGUAUUAAAGAGGCAAUAGCAUUUCUUGAGUGGAUAGUCGGAGAAAACUUUGAUAUGAGCAUUGUAACAGAUGAGGGAGAUUCCAUUUUAAUGUCUAUGCUAAGUAAAAGCUACAACUUCACAAGAGACGAUCAACCUGAUGAAAAAGAUAGAAUAGCAACACACAUUGCAAAUGUUUUUGCUAAAAAUCAACUCCCGUUUGUAAAAAAUAAAUGUAAAAAUUCCCCAUUACAUUUAGCAGCCAAGGCACGAUAUGCAAAAACAGUAGACGUGUUGAUAAAACUGGGCCUUGAUGUAUGCGAUCGAAACGAAAGUGGCUUCACACCUCUUCAUUCAUGUUUAGAAUUUCCAGCAGCAGAUACAACUCGAGUUCCUGAUAUUUUAUCCAAACUAUUGACUUGCACGCUUCCUGAAAAGGAUUUGAAAUCACUAGGAGAAGGAAAGCUUUUACAUCUUGCAUCAAAAAUAUGUCAUUCAGACGAGAGUACGGCAGAUUUGCAGACAGAUUUGCAGACAGAGCUAAUUGGUAUACUUUUGAAUUACGGCGCAGACCCAAAUGAUCAUUAUGGAGAAGACGUACCAUUAAUAGAAGCAUGCAGACAAAUGAAUAUAGGGUCGACAAAUCUAUUAUUAAAUUCAGGAGCCAAUCUUAAUGUUAGAAACCGCGAAGGAAAUUCUAUUCUGCAUGUUUUGUUUGCUGAACAUUUUUCGUGUAAAGAGGAAAGGAAACUUCAGUUGGUGAAAUUCUUGCUUGAAAGGGGUAUACAUGUAAAUGCUGUUGAUAAGUUUGGAAGAUCUGCACUGUUCUUGGCUGUUCAAACAGCAAUCGAUUUUCAUGAAGCCACAGAUGACCUUGAAGAAACAUACGAAAUCAACUAUUCAUCAGAAAAAUAUUAUGCAUCUAAGGAAAUUAUAUCCGAGCUGUUACAAUAUGGAGCAGAUAUCAAUUUACAGGAUGAUUCCGGAAACACUGUUUUAACAACGUUCUGUCGUUUGGGAAUGGAUGCAGGUAUAGGAGAAGCUCUUAUGCAAGCAGAGGUUGACCUACGGUUAUGCAAUGACACGUUCUGUAUACACUACGCGAUAAACAACAGAUCUUUAUCAAGAAGGAAAACAAAAUGGGUAAACUUUGUAGUUAUGCUUUUGGAAACUGGAGCGUCUCCAAAUAAGUUUAAAGAAAUCUCAAAUUUGGUGGAAGUAACUGUACAAGGACAUGCUCGCCUAGUAGACGAAAUUUUGAAGAACGGAGGGGACGUAAACUACGCAGAUAAAUAUGGCACGAAAAGAACUGCUUUACAUUAUGCCUGUAUUUUAAAGAAUCCAAAGGAACGGGAUGUCAUAAUCCGCACACUUGUAAAAUACGGUGCAGACCUUAAUCAUCCAUCAAUCACCGGAGAAAAACCACUAGAUACUUUGAUGAAAAGUAUUAUAUAUGAUAUUGCGGAGCAUGGUGUUGUAUCAUUUGAUGACCCAUCUUGUCUUAAAGUAGAAAUUGAUUUGUCUCUAUUUAACCUCUUCGUCUGUGGAGGGUGUGAUUUAACUCCAUUCAAAGAUCUAAAAAAUGAUAUAGACUUAUAUCAUCGGCUGAUUAGAGGCACCAACUACAAAUGGUCAAAUAGUUUGAUUGGAGAAAGCAUGUACUUCACUGAGAGAUCACGCUUUAAUUUUGAAGAAUCGGUUCUACUCACAUUAUUAAAGACAGGAUUAUUUAAUACCGCUGAAAAUCUCAUUCGAAGCGGUUGGAAAGUAGACAGUGAGAAAUGGUUCAAUACUAUGACCAUCUCAGAAUUUAACGUUUCAAUCAUUGAGAUAUGCGGAAAAAAAGCAACACCAGAUGUACGAGAUUCUAAAAAUCAAUUCCUGAAUUUUGUUAGCAACGAACUUAUUUUUAAUGGACCAAAACCUUUGUCUAUAUUGUGUAGAAAAGUAAUAAGACAUCAUCUUGUAACAUCAUCAAGAGGGGCAGAAAUUGAGACAAAGAUCAACACACUUCCUAUCCCGUCGAAGAUAAAAUCAUUCCUUGCCUUGAGGGAUUUUCUCCAAAGUAAAGAAAUAAUUAAACUUGGAAACAAAUACAGGUAA